AAAAAAAGAACUCUUUAAAAUACAGCUUAGGGCUUGACUGAAAUGCAAUUUCUGUGAAAUUUCCAGAGAAAGAGAGAGAGUCGAAUCAGAUGAUUCCGGCAACUUCGGGGGCUCGCCGGCCACAAGAUCGAUCUUCCAAUGGCCCCACAAAUUGGCGCUAAAAAAAUGCCCAAUCUUCUAUGUGCAUUGUGCAGUAAAAUCAUCGCCUUUUAGAGAGAGAAACCAGAAACACACACGUAUAUAUAUAUAUAUAGAGAGAGAGAGAGAGAGAGAGAGAGAGAGAGAGAGAGAGACAGAGACAGAGACAGAGACGUCAUUUGAACGUUGACAUCGGUGUCCAAAAGGGCCUUUAAACGUAUAGGAAUUCGUGUGAAUUUUGGAGGGGUUUGUCAGUUGGAGUGUACAACUAAAUUUUCAAUUUUGUUGUUGUUGUUGUGUCAGAGAUUUUUGCAUGCAAUCGGGAGGCGGGGGCGGAGCCGCCGGCCAUGGGCGGAAUCCGGCGGUGGUGGGUCCUACAUCUUCUUCGGCAUCGCCGUCGUCUUCGUCGUCCGCGACACCGCACUUAGGGUUUGAUUCAAUUCAGCAGCAGCAGCAAAAGCAACAACAGCAACAGCAGAGGCAGUCAUUUCAACAACAAUUGCAUAGAAAACCUGAAGGAAAUGAAUCCAUUCGAGUGUACCAAGCUGGUGCUCUCCAUGGAGUCUUGCCUGGAGGCAAUUUCUCUUCAUCUCCUAAUGUGAUGCAACUACCUCAACAGUCCAGGAAUUUCAUUGAUUUGGCUCAACCGCAUGGUGUGGCCCACAUUCGGGAGGAGGGCCAAAAUAGGAGUCAAGGCAUUGAACAAGUUCUGAAUCCAGUCCAUCAAAGUUAUCUCCAAUAUCCUUUCCAGGCAGCCCAACAGAAAUCAGCCCCAGGGAUUCAAUCUCAGAUGCAAGCAAAAAUGGGAAUGAUGGGGCCUCUAUCGGGGAAGGAUCAAGACACAAGGAUGGGUAAUCUGCAGUUGCAGGAGCUCAUGUCCAUUCAGGCGGCUAACCAAGCCCAGGCAUCAUCAUCAUCCAAGAAACCAUCUGAAUAUUUUGCCCGUGCUGAGAAGCACACACAGCAAGUGCAACAGGCAGUCUCUGAUCAAAGGAGUGAUUCAAAGCCUCCAAUCCAGCCGACAUCAAUGGGCCAAUUAGUGCAGGCCAAUGUUGUAAGGCCUAUGCAUGCACCGAAGUCUCAACAAAGCAUCCAAAACAUGGCAAACAAUCAGCUUGCAAUGGUGGCACAGGCUUUGCCUAGGGUGCUUGCACAGCAGAAGGCAAAUGAAAACAAUAUGGGUGCACAGUCUUCAUCACCUGUCUCGAUGCCAAAGCAACAGGUUGCUUCUCCUCAAGUUGCAAGUGAGAGUUCUCCCCAUGGAAAUUCAUCGAGUGAUGUGUCUGGACAGUUGGGCCCCUCUAAAGCUAGGCAGAUAGUUGCACCUGGCCCUUUUGGCACAACUUCAAAUGCUGCGACACUCAACAAUGCUAACAACGUGUUGGUGCAGCAGUUUCCUGCUCACGGAAGAGAGAACCAUGCGCCUCCAAGACAGACAAUGAUGGUUGGUAAUGGAGUGCCUCCCAUGCAUCCCCCGCAGUCAUCUGUGAACUUGAACCAGGGCAUGGAUAACUCAUCCCAUACAAAAAGCUCAUUAACUGGUGCAGAAGCUUUGCAAAUGCAAUAUGCUAGGCAAUUGAACCGAUCUUCUCCACAACCUGCAGCUUCAUCUAUUGAUGGAGGCUUGGGAAAUCCCAUAUCAGCUCAGGGUGGAAUGGUGCCUCAGAUACAACAUCGUACAGGAUUUACCAAACAGCAACUUCAUGUACUUAAAGUACAAAUACUGGCAUUCAGACGUAUAAAGAAAGGAGAAGCAACUCUUCCACAAGAACUACUUCAAGCCAUUGCUCCACCGCCCCUUGAUAUGCAGCUGCAACUUCUUCCUACUGGAAUUACUAAUCAGGAUAGACCUACUGGGAAAUAUGCAGAAGACCGUGCAAGACAAUCAGAGUUUGCCCUACCACAACCACCAAAAGACUUCCGUAAGUCCUUCUUUCCCAGCAAGGAUCUUAAGAAGUUGUUAGAUCUGCCAGUCCACAAGUCGAGAGCUCCUUUACUGCUCAACUUCAUCCCAACCUACAAGUCGGAACUUCCCGACACCCCAAGGAAGCAGAAAAGCAAGUCUCCUCCUUCCGCCACAACUCCACCAGUGACUUUAUCAUCUCGGCCAGAUCAGGGGCCAACUUCAGAUCCAGCAGAACAGCCACCUACCUCAACUCCAUAG